CCGGAUAAACACAACAACAAUCAGCUGGUCGCGCAAAUCUGAGUUUUGGCGUCGUUUCUUUGCGGUGGACAUCAUCUUCAACGGUGCUGAAAGUCAAGCCGGACCAAACCAGACAAAAGAAACACUGACAUGGCCCCGACACUGUAUGAUGAGAAACCAGAGGUCGGGGACUUGAUUGAGAUCUUCCGGGGCUCCUAUCAGCACUGGGCUGUGUAUGUUGGCGAUGGCUUCAUUGUCCACUUGGCACCACCCUCUGAGGUCCUGGGGGCGGGCGCCAACAGUAUGAUGUCUGUAAUAGCUGAGAAGGCCAUUGUGAAGAAAGAGGAGCUGUGGGACGUGGUGGGAAGAAACCACUGGAAAAUCAACAACAGCCUGGACAAGCAGUACCAGCCCCGCCUGGCUCACGUCAUUGUGAGACAGGCCUGUGCGAUGGUGGGCGAUGAGCUGCCCUACUGCGUCUUCAGGGGUAACUGUGAGCACUUUGCAAACGAGCUGCGCUACGGAAAGGCGGAGUCCCGUCAGGUGCGUAAGGCCGGAGAAACUCUCCUGGUGGCCGGUGGGGUUGCAGCGGUGGUUCUGGGUUUCGUGUAUAUGUUGAGCGGCGGCAGAAAAGAAAACAACAACACAGAGUGAUUGAAGUCCCGCGUCGGCUGUUCGGGGACUUGAUGAACGGAUCACCGGCAAAGCCUAACUUGUACUUAUUAAGAUCACUCAAAGAAAACGUUCACUAUCUUGCCUACUUUACUUGCAUGUGUCCCGCAUGUCCUCUUUAGUUUGAUUAACAGUACAAAGCUGGUUGGUUCCUGUAUUUUUCAGACCUUUUAACAUUUCUACAGACGGCAAACAUGAGCACAACAAACAAUAUUUAACCUAAUUAGGCUGCCAAGAUGAAAUAUGUUUAAAUGUUUCAAUUCAAACUGAAGAUUUUGAAGAUGAAUGUUGAUAUUUUUUGGAUUGUAAAGGACGUGAAAGGUUUGUGGGGGUCCUUUCUAUUUAUAAAAACAAAAAUUGUUUGCGGUGUUUGCUUAUGAAGAAAUAAUAUUACUUACUUGACUUGAACCUAUUGACAAGAAGAAUAUUUUACAUAAUCAAAAAUCAGAUAAUAUAAUGAUAUUUUGGCUGUACUAAAAGAAAAGCUCUGUAAUGCACUACAGUUUUCUGUUUAGUGUUAAAGCACCUUGAUAAAUGUGAUCCUGGGCUGAGAGGAGACCAAACUAACACUCCUGCAGUUUUCAUAUGACAUCUCUGACAUUUAAUUGUGUGUAAGUGUUUUGAAUAAAGAAUAAUUUGUGUGAUUCUUGA